GAAAACCCCCAAGAAGUGGCUCGUAGCUCGCGUUGCUCGCUUGCGUGUCGGUACGGUAAAGUAGACUUGGUGCAAAGUGACUUUACUGAGCUAGGGCGGCGUUUAGGACAGGCAGACCCUUUGGAUUGUGUGUGAUUUAUUUUGUUGUUGUCGUUAAGGAUACGUUCUAAGAUCACGCACCACCAUGCAAGAACUGACCAAAAAGCUGGCCUUCCUCUACCCCACCUACGUGCUCGCCAUCGUCUCCAUAGGCUACAUAUGCGGCGAGCUGGGCCACUACCUCAUAGGCGUCACCAGCAAGGCCAUCGCCGAGGACUUGCACUUCGGGGACAUCGCCUGCCAGCUGAACAACACUGAGGUCUACCUCAGCGAGCUGCCGGUCCGCUGCUCCACCGCCAACGACUCGGAGACGUGCUAUUCCUACACGCUGAACGGGACGCCGUACUGCGAGUGGAACUACAACGGCCUGGGGCUGGACUACCAGAUCUUAGCUGGGCCGAGCUUCAUAGCCGUCUUCACCGUGGUCGGUGUUUUGAUGGGCUUCUUGGCGGACAAGUUUAACAGGGUAAAAAUGUUAGCAGUAUGCACAGUAAUCUUCGGCGUGGCGAUAAUCUUGAGUGGAGGUGUAAACGAAUAUUGGCAGCUGGUUUUGCUAAGAAUGAUUAUGGCUGCCGGAGAAUCCGCCUGUAAUCCUUUGGCAACGGGUAUCCUUUCGGAUAUAUUCCCUGAAGAAAAGCGAGCUUUGGUUAUGUCCGUCUUCAACUGGGGCAUCUACGGUGGAUAUGGUAUCGCUUUCCCUGUGGGUCGCUACGUGCCCCCAUUGAACGCCUGGGGUCUCGGCUGGAGAGUCGCCUACUACGGAGCGGGUAUCGUGGCCAUAAUCCUCGCCUUCCUGACCUGGUUCACCUUGAAAGAGCCGACGAGGAAAACCAUCGGGGAAGGCGACAACCAAAACAACCCCGACGCCAAGAAGAUCACCAUUUGGGACAUAAUCGUCGAUCCUAGGAUCAUCCUGCUGUGUUUCGCGGCUUCCAUACGCCACUGCGGCGGCAUGUGUUUCGCUUACAACUGCGAUCUGUACUACCAGCUUUACUUUCCCGAUUACGAUUUGGGUUGGUGGCUAUUUGCCGUGACCAUCGUCAUAGGCUCCAUAGGCGUAGUGGUGGGAGGGGUGGUGUCCGACAAGAUCGUGGCCAAAAUGGGUAUCAGGUCUAGAUGCGUCGUGCUGGCAGUGAGCCAGAUCGUCUCCACGCCUUUCGCCUUUGGAAGCGUUUACUUUACUCCUACUUAUGCUAUGAUAUCACUAGGGGUGUCAUAUUUCUUUGCCGAGAUGUGGUUUGGAAUCCUCUUUGCCAUGGUGGUAGAGAUCGUGCCUCUAAAAGUACGAUCAACCACGAUAGGCGUAUUCCUUUUUGUGAUGAACAACAUCGGUGGAAAUCUCCCCAUAGCCGUCGAGCCAGUGUCCAAAGCUUUAGGCUACAGGGAGAGUUUGUACAUAUUCUACGCUGGAUGUUACGGUUUCAGUUCUAUACUUUUCCUCCUUACAACCUUCCUUAUGGAAGGUCCGAAGAAAGACAGUCCCGCUCCACAGAAAAAUCUCUCUGGGGUCGACAACGUGGUAUUCACCAGCGACGAAACCAACAUGCCCACCAUCACAGCUCUAGUGAUGAACACCAAGAGGCCGACAACGGAGAGCAGUAGAUUAUAAAUGUAAAUAAAUACGAGAAUGUUACUGUUACCUGUACGUUUAGGGACAUCCAAGAAUAAUUACAGGGCAUAAGGAGCGUGAUACCUUAAAUUAUGACAGAAUAUUCCUGAAAAGUGUUGUUAAAUCGAGUUUAAGUAUUAAUUUUUGUCACGAUGAAGAGAGGUAAGACGGAAGAAAGGAAAAGCGAUAAAAAGCUUCUCUUUUACCAUUUUAUUAUAAACAACAGACUUUUGCCUUUACGUUUUUAUAAUGAAGAUGUUAUACGUUUCGAUAUUGUUUUUUUUUUUAAUAAAAUCAAUUCAAUUUCUUUUAUUUAUUAGUUAUAAAAGUGUCAGGCGUUGGAAAUAAAGCUUGCCCGAUGUAGAGACUGUAAAAACUGUUAAAAAACAUUUUAUAAAAGUGAAUACUCAGGAAAGGUUAAGAAACUUUACUAUUACAAAAUGGCACCACACUGUUUUCUCCAGAAAACAGUGAAGACAUAUAAAAUUUUUUAAUCUCUUAAGAGAAAAUUUAUUUUUCAACAAAAUACAUUACAAUUUUCUUCUGAAGCAUCGUUAUAUUAGAUACUAGGCCUGAAAAAUGUAUGAUUUAUGUCUCUCCACUUGUAUCACUUUAUCUAUUGUGUCUGCUGCUCGGACAGGGUUUUAUUUUUUUAUUUGUCGGAGAUUGUGAUUCCAGAUCAUUUUCGAUCUUCAUGUAAUUUAUGUAUUUUAUAAAAAACUAUGAAUAGUGUACAAAGUUAAUUUAUUUUCAAUAUACUCAUACUGUACAUGAUUAUUUGAUGUUAUAAUUUUAUUUAAGUUAAAAAAUAAAUAUUAAA